AUGAACACCAUGCCGAACCAUACGGAUUUCAUGGAGCUAGGGACAAUUCAUCAGCAUCAGUCAACCUGUAAGCAGCAUUGCUUCGUAUUUACCGAGAUUGGUGAUAUCGAUCUGCCGCCCGAGAUCACUAAAUACCCUGAAAAGAUAAAAAAUGGAAGCAUUCAUUCAUAUAAAAAGGAAGCCAGUAUGUCUCCACCACCACCGAAAAUACCUGCGGGUAAGCGAUCACGAAAAAUAAUUGCCAUGGUGGCUGCCCUUUUGGUCUGCAUUGCGCUAGCUGCUGGAAUCCCUCUUGGAUUACAGUUGAGGUCAUCAUCACUUUUGGAAGCUCGGUUGGCAUUUAUUCGACGGCUGUUGACCGAAUCACCGUUAGUCGAAGGUUAUUGGGCUCCUCAGUUAGGUACGAAUUUCAGCAAGAGUUACGCAGAAGUCAAAAAUAGCAUGGUAGGAGCCUUACUGUGGCCGAUAUCAGUUCCAUGCGCAGCACAAUAUUUGGAUGCCGUGCAGUUGACACUGGAAGGCAUAGACGAUGCUCGCAGGAUGGUUAGGAAGAACUCAGACAUGGUGAUUGUUGAAAGUGCCGAUGAAAUGGAAGUGGCACACAAUGAUGGAAAGUUAUCUAUUCUGUUUGGUUUGGAAGGUGGUCAUACUCUGGGUUCCAGCUUAGCGGUGCUCCGUUCAAUGUACUCUUUGGGUGCACGAUUUGUUUCUCUAACUGGGCUGGGCUGCACGACUCCUUGGGCCAGUGCAUCAAUUCGGACGGAUUUUUUUGAUGAGAAUCUUCCUUCAACUUUGACGAACUUUGGCGAGGUUAUGAUCCAAGAAAUGAACCGUCUAGGUAUGUUGGUGGAAAUUUCGCGCCUAUCGGAACCGGCUAUGAUGGUUGCACUAAAUGUUGCCAAAGCUCCCCUUCUGCUAUCAAAUGCUCUUCCCUCGUCGAUGGCUUGUAAUGGUUCUACAGCUGCGGUUCCCGAUCACAUUCUAAGCGCUCUGUCACAAAAUGGUGGAGUUCUAAUGUUAAAUGUAGAACGAUGUGGCGAGAAGUCGAUGUCUCUGAAGGAUGCAAUCACCGCUAUCAAUUAUAUACGUGCCAUCGCAGGCGUGGAUCACGUGGGUUUGAGUGGAUCACCAAAAAAUUAUCCUUUGCUACUUGCCGAACUGGCACGGGAUCGUCUUUGGGGAUCGGCGGCAAUCAAGAAACUCGUUGGCGGUAAUAUAGUUAGAGUUUUGAGAGAGGUCGAGGUCAACAAAAAUCGACUACCUCUGUCUGAAGAUUGGAUUCCUCUCGAAGCCAUAGAAGGAAACGCCUAUUGUCGUUAUCCGGAAACGUAA